UCAGCGCCGGUGUGUGUUUAGCAGCAUCAUCCUACGGACCCGCACCGCUUACUUUCAGUCGAGGCUGACUUUACUCCCGCAAAAACAAAAAACCCCACAGACAUAAAUAUUAAGCUACUAGUGGCUCGACAGAAGAGCAGCUUCAGACCUUUUGAAUUUCCGUCCUUGCAGGUUUCCGCUCCAGACAUCAGACCGGACUUCUCCCGUUGACUCGGCACUCUCUCAAGGCAAAAUGGGGAAACAGAACAGCAAGCUGACCCCUGAAGUGAUGGAGGACCUGGUGAAGAACACAGAGUUUAACGAACAUGAGCUGAAGCAGUGGUACAAGGGUUUCCUGAAGGACUGUCCCACCGGACGCCUCAACCUGGAGGAGUUCCAGCAGCUGUAUGUUAAGUUCUUCCCAUACGGCGACGCGUCCAAGUUCGCCCAGCACGCCUUCAGGACCUUCGACAAGAACAGUGACGGCACCAUCGACUUCAGAGAGUUCAUCUGCGCGCUGUCCAUCACAUCACGAGGCAGCUUCGAGCAGAAGCUCAACUGGGCCUUCAACAUGUACGACCUGGACGGAGACGGCAAGAUCACACGGGUGGAGAUGCUGGAGAUCAUCGAGGCGAUCUACAAGAUGGUGGGCACGGUGAUCAUGAUGAAAAUGAACGAGGACGGCCUGACGCCCGAGCAGAGGGUGGACAAGAUCUUCUCCAAGAUGGAUAAGAACAACGACGACCAGAUCUCGCUGGACGAGUUCAAAGAGGCGGCCAAGAGCGACCCGUCCAUCGUACUACUGCUGCAGUGUGACCUCCAGAAAUAGGCCGGAGGGCGAGCGGAGCGCAGCGCUCCACCAGCCGCCACGGACUGCACAGAAAGAAUUUCAUGUUCCAUUCAGUUUGCAGCUAUUUCCACUGAAAAAAAUCUAUAUAUGCUUGGACUACCUUUCAAUGGAUCUGCUUCUUGUGUUUGAAACACUCGUGUGCAUGAGAAUGUUAUUUGCUAAAAAAAAAAAAAGAUCUACACACAACAUACAAACAGUGUGCGAGUGCACACCACAAACACACUCACAGCACACACACAUAAACACACACAUCUCACUACAUAUGAACACCUCGCACAACAAAUAUAUAUAUAGAUAUAUAAAUAUGAAUAUAUAUUUAAAUUAUUUAAAGAUCAACUGCCAAAAUGUGAAGUGUGCAAAGUAUUUUCCAUACAGUUUCAUUUUACUGGAGCUUGCGCAUCAGUGAUGUGCUACGUUGAAUUUGCCGCUACUCUAUUUAUUGUUCCGAGUUUACUGACGCUAGCUGUAUGUUUCAUAAUACUGAGUAAUGUCAACUGAACCAAAAUCCUAUGAUAAUGUAUCUGCCUCCAAUAAGACACUCGAUCCAUCGUCUCGAAUAUUAGCUCUAUUAGAAGAGAUGGAUUAGCGUAUGUCCAACUUUUCCUUCCAAAACAUGCCUGUACUGUCGGUAAAAAGAUGUAAAUGUAGUUAAUUUGCAUGCCUUUAGGUUCUGCCUUAAAAGAUCUCCUCAUUUUGCAUCCUGUAAUCGAAGACAGAAAGCCUUAUCAGAGCCGCGCGGUGACACUUGGGAGAAUCCGUGAGAAAAGAUUUUUACAGAAUAGAGAGACAAAAAUCACAUUGCAGUAGGUCCUUCUACAAGUAUUGUCGUAUGGGAUGUCAUGUCUGUGAUCUGUCGAGGCGUUUCCUUUGGACUGCUUUAACUGUGGGAGCAUGUUUCCUUGUAGAAUAGCUGUAGUAUAUGUUGCUCAGAGCUGAACCCUGCCCCUGUGCUUUUAAACAUUCAUUACAAAUGAGCAGAUGUUGGAUGCAGAUGAAUCUGUCAUUUGGAACCAGUAUCGCAGAUAAAAAGAGCUAAAUUGAUAGAUUUGUAAAGCAAAGUGAGAUCAUACAUUUCCAUGAGGAUUCCCUGGAGAAUGAAUGAAGCUUCCCUUAGCUGGGGAUAAGCUAGAUGAGAAAGAAAUAGGUAUUCAUUUAUAGUUGGAGAGCAUUGUUAUCAAACUUAAUUAUGUGUCACCAUCACAUCCAUUUGUUUCCAAUUAGCCUGCAGGUUGCAUAUCAAUAAGAUGAAUUCAGAGGAGUUUUUCUAGAGCGUUAAAGAAGAGAAGAAAUAAGGCCCGUGCAGCAUUUUAACUUUCUUGUUUGUCUUUUUCAGUGGAAGUAAAUGAGUGCUGAAGUAGUGAGAGGAUCAGUGAAUGUCUUUUCAUUAUACACUGUAACUAGUAGAGGACAGCCCUUACUGUAAAGCCAUGUGUAUUCUCCCUCCCUAAACCUCGAAGUAUUUCUCUCUUACCAAUCAGUCAAUCUUUUUGUACUUUUUUACUCCCUUCUCUCACACAUUGUACACGUACUGAUACAUUCGAAAUGUAGAGAAGUUCAGUGAAGUGUGGCGCCUCCUACAAAUGAUUUGGAAACAACCUGUGAGCCCACUUAAACAAGUUCACUUGGCCCUGUCUGAAAGCAGAGCAGACACUUUCCAACCUGCAUCAAGACUAGCAGUGUUUGAAGAGCUAGAGGAGGCUAAAGGAGAUGGAAUAUGUCAUAAUAUACAGUACUGCAAUAAAGAUUGAGCAUACAAGUCCAUCGUCAUCUCUCAGCAGUGUCACUUUGUAAUCUGAACUUCUUUACAUAAACAUCUUUUGGCCCAACAAUGUUUCUAAUUCCAACUCUGUUAUUACUAUUAUUGCUAUCGAGAUACCAAAUGUAAGCAAAGGCAAACGUGUACAAGGAUUCUUUUGUAGCAUGUAUUGUGUCCCUGACGACAUGGCUGCACUACUCCCUGUGUUGUGAUUUAAUCUAAUAAAAGGAACUCUAUGGGC